GUCCUGGGUGAUCGGGGCCAUCGCGCUGCUGUGUCUGCUGGGCCUGACCUGGGCCUUCGGCCUGAUGUACGUCAACGAGAGCACGCUGGUCAUGGCCUACCUCUUCACCAUCUUCAACUCCCUGCAGGGCAUGUUCAUCUUCAUCUUCCACUGCGUGCUGCAGAAGAAGGUGCGUAAGGAGUACGGGAAGUGUUUGCGGACCCACUGCUGUAGCGGGAAGAGCGUGGAGAGUUCCAUCGGCUCGGCAAAGAGCGGUGCCGUGCGCCCCCCCGGACGCUACACCACCGGGUCACAGAGCCGAAUCCGGCGCAUGUGGAACGACACGGUGAGGAAACAGUCCGAGUCGUCCUUCAUCACCGGGGACAUCAACAGCUCGGCGUCGCUCAACAGAGGGGCUAUGGCUAACCAUCUUAUCCCUAAUUCUCUGCUGCGACCCCAUGGCACUAACAAUCCCUAUAACACCCUGCUUGGGGAGUCAUCCAUCUAUAACAACCCCUUGGGCAUGUACAACACGCAAGAGCCCUACAGAGAGACAAAGGGGAUCCUGAACAAUGCCCGGGAUACAAGUGUCAUGGAUACUCUACCACUGAAUGGUAACCACGGCAACAGCUACAGCAUCGCCAGCGCCGAGUACAUGAGUGACUGCGUGCAGAUUAUCGACCGGGGCUUCAACCACAAGGAGACCACGCUGGAGAAGAAGAUCCUGAAGGAGCUCACGUCCAACUACAUCCCCUCCUACCUCAACAACACCCACGACCGCUCGGCCGAGCAGAACCGAAACCUAAUGAACAAGCUGGUAAACAGCGUGAGCAACGGCGGCAAGGACAGCGGCUACGGCAUGGGCCUGGGCAUGGGCAUGGCCAUGAACAUGGCCCUGGGCCUGGACGACCACCACCACGCCACCUUCGGCCCGCACCGCGACGAGGGCCUGGGGCUGGAGCUCAUCCGCGAGGAGUCCGUCGUGCCCCUGCUGCCCCAGCGGCCGCCGCUGAUGCUGCCGCCGCCCCUGCAGCCCUCAGAGAGCCUCCACAACCAUUUGCACCCGUCUGCUCCGCCCCCGCCCCUCCCCCAGUCCCACCACCCCUUCCUAGCGCCCGGCGCCACCUCCUCGUCAAGGCGGCGGAUCCCGCAGGAGAACAGCGAAAGCUUCUUCCCGCUGCUCGCCAACGAACACGCCCGGGAGGAGGGCUGCUCCCCGGCCAUGCCCGGCCACGCCCACCACACCCACAACCACCCCCACCACCACCACAACCACCAGAGGGACUCCCUGUACACCAGCAUGCCCGUACUCGCCGGCCUGGCGGACGCGGCAGCGUCGGCGGCGGCAGCAUCCGCGGCCUCCGCUGACGGCCCCAAGGACGCCGGGGACUCAAAGAGCCAGGAGGCGGGCUCGGACGACGUCUACUACAAGAGCAUGCCCAACCUUGGCUCACGCAACCACCUGCACCAGCUGCACUCCUACUACCAGCUGGGGCGGGGCAGCAGCGAGGGCUUCAUCGUGUCCCCCAACAAGGAAGAUCUGGCCCCCGGGGAGCCCGAGAGGGAGCCCUCGCACCUGGUCACCAGCCUAUAGACGGCGGAGUACCCCAUGGAUCCCUUCUAGGUCCCCUCAUGCUGCCCUCCCUUCCCCUAUUGCUGUGGUUCUCCUCUCUCCUGUCACUCUCUCUCUCCCUCCCUCCCUCCCUCCUUCCCAGUGUGCCCAUUGUGCAGAUCUCUGGCCGGCGACUCUAGCCCUCUCUUUUUAUUCUGUGUUUCCGAAGACUGAGGCGCAGGAUGCUAACUCUGGUCCUGUUGCUAAUAGUGACCCCAAAACGGGGUGUUUGGAACUAGGCCUGUUUUGGUGGGCUCAUGGGACCGGGCCGCGGUCGGACCACCGCGGGAUUCUCUCGAUGUUGUCUUUCUCUUUUGUGAGAGGCUCUAACCCUGCGUCUGACCUUUGUGUUUUGUCUGGGUGUGACGACAGAUGAGGACUCAUGCAAAAAGUUUUUUUUUUGUAGGACUUGGAGAUUCAGUGAGAGAGUCCAAAGGAACUUCAAAUGGCCCGAAAAACCAUUAAAAAUAUGGGAGAUUUAGAGAAAAGACUAUUUUAUUAUUCUUCUGUAUCCAUUUUUGGCUUUUUGACAGAUUUCCUUCGCUUUAGUUGCAGCACAUCUUCGGUUGAGAGUCCGGGAAAAUUAAAAAAUAAAAACGGAUUUUAAACAAAGAUGAAGGAAUCACCGAAUGUAUGCUUUGGAGCAUAGAUAUUGUUUUUUUGUUUUGUUUUUUAGAUUCCUUUCACUGUAAUAACAGUUGUUGAAAAGAGGGAGGAAAAACUAAUAAGAGAAUUAUGAGAUAUUUCUAUGUAAUUGUACAGAUACUAGCAUUGCACAUAAAAGUAUGCUUUUUGUUCCACCCAAACCCUUUUGUCUUUGUAAAUGUAGUGGAUACGAACAGUUUGGUUGUGCUGGCCCUUUUGAUUUCUGAUACCAGUCGUUUUCUGUAUUUUAACUUUUAAUUUGUAUUUUGUAUUUUUAUGAAACAUUUCAAAGAACCCAUCAACAAGUAACAAAACAAAUUCAACUCGUACGAAUACACGCAUAAACCUUUAUGCGUGUCAUAUGACCCAUCUUUCACACUUAUGUUUAAUUUUGUUUGUUUGUUUUGGGGUUGUGGUUUUUACUGUAUAGAAAGAACUUUGAUUCAGUGACUCUCAAGAGUGCAGAAUUAGUCUUAAAUGUCCAUGACGUUAUUAGAGAGAUAUCUUGAUAGCAGACCGGAGCUCUGCCAUCCUGCAGUCAUUUUGUCGUUGAGGAGAGGCUCAAUAGAAAGAUUGAAUUACAACUUUAUUGGAAUAAUGUUCAGCACCAGGCACUUGUAUAAAAAAAGACAAUUGUUUUACUGAUUAAACAAAAUUAUUUUUGAGUGAAAAAGUAACUGCAAAAGUCUGUUGUUUUUUCUUAAUCCUUGAGGGGCAAAUAUUUAUUUGUUAAAACAAUACUAAGGCAAAAAUGAGGUCCGUAAAAUUAGUGGCAGGUAUAUUUUUUCAUUGUUGGCGAACAUUGUGAUACGUUGUUCUUUUAUUUAUUCCUUUUUGUAUUGGUUUCCACUUUCAAUGAUCCCAUAACUAAUAUUUGUUGUAACAGUGAAACUUGUUUGGUUUUUUCCAACAAAGAUUAAAAGAUUAUUCACGAAAAAUGUCACACACUUGUAAGAAUUAUACCAAUGGCAUUGGGAUAAGAAACAAUGGAUUAGAUUAUUGAUUAAUUAAUUGUUAUUACUCCUAUUAGCAUUACGUUCAGUGUGGUGCCAAACCCCCAGCGAUCAUUACACAGGAACUAAUAAUGUACUCCUUAAGCUUGUCCAGCUUUCAUAAACAAACUGUAAUAAACGUUUCAAUACCACUA